AAACUGCAGUACGUCCUGCUAAGAUAUCAAAACAAAUACUUUUUUAAAAUAUAACCUAUGUCUCUUAUUUUCAUUCAUAAAUGCUUUGGAAAUUAUCUGCUGUAUAUAAAUAAAUUUUAUAUAGCAUGGUUGUACACGGUUAUUGAAAAAUAUCUGUUUUAAACUAUCACCUGAACCAUUUUGGCGAUGCUGUAAACAACUCAUCACUGUUUGUUUUGAAUUCAAGCUCUGCACUAAUGGCUCUGCGUGUACAAAGUGGGGCUGUGCCAGAAGGGGCUGUGCUGCUAGAAGAACCAGAAGCUUUGAAAUAUCAGUGGAAAAUGGUUUUCGAGUGGAAGCCCACUUCUGAUGUGUGGCCUUUUACUUACGGCUUAGGAGCGCUGGGUGGCUGCACUGCAUUAUCAUCAAUUUACAUCAAUAAUUACUAUAGAAGGAGACUUAAACUGCAAGCAUUUGGCCGCAUUGCAUCUUAUUUUCCCACCGUUAUGGUUCCAUCAAUGAUGACGUCGUUUCUCCAUCAGAUGAACGUGUCUAAUGACAUCCUUCUUCACAAAGGUGGUUGUCCUGUUUGCUUGGAGGUGAGAGGUGCCGUGAUACAGGUUCUCAUGGGCUCGGUCUAUCCACUGAUAUUAGCACCGGCAUCGUCAUUUUUGUUGGCCUCGCGUUACGGCACCUACAGGCUGCCUUCCUUGACUCACGACUUCCGAGAAGUGAUGAAGGUGUACCUGAAGCUCACGCGGAGAUUGGGCAACGGUUUCUUUGCGUCCGUGGCUCUCCAAACCAUCGCCGGGAUGGUCAUGGUGCACCAAGAAUUCAGGAGCUUGUCCAAGGUCGAGGACAAACUCUCUAGGUUAGAGGAGCAGUACGAGAAGAAAACGUAGCUCAAAACUAGAUUUCGAGCUGUUGCUUUGAAUAGUGUAUGAAAGUAUUUUAACUCUUAAGAUGUGUAAAUAGAAUUUUUAUAUUAAAAUAUUGCUUAGUUUGA